AUGUGGUCUUUGUCUCUUUUCGCCGCGUUGCUCAGCGGCAUCUGCGUUGCGACCGCAGACCAAUGCGUACUCGACGUGAAAGACAAUGUCACGUACGUGGGCAUCAGUCGCAACGGAGUCGAGCUUUUUCUCAAUAUUCCCUUUGGCCAAGAUACUGGUGGUGCCAAUCGGUUCAAGCCACCCAGGCCCUACACACCUACCCCCGGAAGCUUCGUCAAUGCACAAUCGUACGGUCCGGCUUGUCCCCAGGAGAGGACACUAGCCGAUCCUCCGUUCCAGUUAUCGAAUACUACGAAUAUCUCCGAGAACUGCCUGAACCUGAAUGUGGCGCGACCAAACGGCACCUCUGAUCAGGAUCGAUUGCCUGUCAUGCUGUACAUCUUUGGUGGAGGUUUCGUGAGUAGUAAUCCAAAGCUCGGAUUCUUGUUCUAUUCAGGCUGCAUCCACGGAGCGAACGAAACUAUCUACCUGAAGUAUCAGUCGCUGACACACGAGGUACAGAUCGAAGGGAAGAACAGCGAGAAGCGAAUCGCGCCCGACGGUUUGAUCCUUGAGUCGGUCGAGAAUGGCCUGCCAGUCAUUCACGUGGGCAUCAACUACCGACUUGGCUUCUUUGGAUUCGCGCAGUCAGCUGCCCUGGAGACAGAAGGCUCCGAGAACGCCGGGUUGAGGGAUCAACGUCUAGCCAUCGAGUGGGUUAGGGAUCAUAUCGAGCACUUUGGCGGUGACCCGAACAUGAUUACCAUAUUUGGGCAGUCUUCGGGAGGAUUGGCUGUGGGAAUGCAAAUCCUGGCUUAUGGUGCGGACCGCCCGGUACCUUUCCAGCGAGCGAUCUGCGAAAGCCAAGCUCUCGAGCCCGGGAUUACGGGCAACUUUAGUAUUGAUGCCAUGGAGCUCGUCGUCGACUACGUCGGCUGCAACACGACCGACUUGCAUUCAGAGGAGACCAUCGGUUGCCUACGGGACUUCGACAUGGAGACACUCCUCAAUGCAUCGCUGGCCACGUACUUGGGAGAUGUCGCACAUAACAUUGGCGAUAUCUGGCUCCCAGUCGUUGACGGUGACUUCGUUCCUGCUGCUCCCUCGCAGCUCAUCAAGGAAGGGAGGUUCGGGAACGUGACCACGAUGAUCGGCUGGUGCCAAGACGACCUGGCCUAUUUCACCGACACUAACAUUACGACUGCGCAGCAAACUCACGACUUUGUUGAGGCCUACGUUCCUACUAUGACUAGCGACAACGUCGACAAGCUUCUGGCGCUGUACCCGAUUGCGGACUUUCCGGCCAAUGAGGCGGCGAACAAGUCGUCGGAGUUCUACAGAACGGCUAGGAUUUGGCGGGACAUACUUAUGACCUGCCAACCGAUGUGGUUCGCCGAGAACAUAGCCAGGCUAGGAAACGACGUCUACCUGUAUGACUGGAACCAAACCAUCCUGGACGACAUAUUCAAGAACCUCUACAACGAGACCGGCUUCGGCGUCGUCCACGGAUCCGAGAUAUCCUACAUAUUCGGAAACCUCACGCCCUACACGCCGUACUUCGACCCUCCCGCGGAGGAUUACGCCCUGGCGUCUCGAGGAUCGCGGUCAUGGUCCACAUUCGCCAGCACGGGGAAGCCCGGCUUGGAGGGCCACGACACGUUCCAGGGGUUCACGCCAGCCUUUUCCGCAGACGGUGAGGUAUCGGUCUUUGUCGUUGGCGGUCCGGACGAGGGGUUGUCCGCUAUUGAUGGGCCGAACGCGAAGGUGGCGAUAACGCAGCAGAAGUUACGGGAGCGGUGUGCAUUCUUGAAUUUGGAUGAACUCAUUGACCAGCUGAGAUACUAG